CUUCUUGUAGAUCCCGUCGGUGAUCCUAUUUGUACCUGCUCGUUUGAAAUGACCAUAUGAGCUUGUUUGACCUCUUUGCAGCCUCUCCUGAUCUCAAUGGCUUCAUCAACCAUUCUCUCCUUCCUCCUCUUCGCUCUCCUCCUCGCCCUCUCCCGUGCCGCCACUUUCGAGAUCGUCAACUGGUGCCCUUUCACCGUCUGGGCUGCAGCCGUGCCAGGUGGCGGCCGCCAGCUUGACCGAGGCCAGACCUGGGUCCUCGAUGUGAACCCCGGGACGACCGGCGGCCGCAUCUGGGCUCGCACCGGCUGCUCCUUCGAUGGCAGCGGCAGUGGAAGUUGCCAGACCGGGGACUGCGGCGGCGUCUUGGCGUGCCAGGGGUACGGCAGCCCACCCAACACCCUCGCGGAGUUCGCGCUCAACCAGUUCGACAACCUCGACUUCUUAGACGUCUCCCUCGUUGACGGCUUCAACGUGCCCAUGGAGUUCAGCCCCAUCACAGGGAACUGCAGCGCGAUCCGGUGCUUAGCGGACAUCAAGGGGCAGUGCCCCGCCGAACUGUGGACUCCGGGCGGCUGCAACAAUCCAUGCACGGUGUUCAAGACGGACGAGUACUGCUGCACAUCCGGCAGCUGCGGCCCAACCAAUUACUCCAAUUUCUUCAAGAGCAACUGCCCCGACGCCUACAGCUACCCGAAGGACGACGCCACCUCGACCUUCACUUGCCCCGGUAACGGCGACUACAAGGUCAUCUUCUGCCCCUCCGAUGGGUACCCCACGAGGUUCGGCCGGACCGCUGUGAGAUUUGUGAUCCCAAGGGCUUGA